GACAACAUGAAUUAAAGCAAAAAAUUGAACCAAAAUGAGAAAAGUAUGUGAUGUAAUUCUUUUCUCUUGCUUUCUUCUCCUUGUAACUUCUGUAGGCGUUGAAGCAGCUUGUGAUGGCAGUUUAUUCGCCGUUAACAGCACUUACAGCGAAAACCUUAACUCUCUUUUCUCUUCUCUUGCAAGUAACGUCACCGCUAACGGCGGCUUCUACAACACUUCAACCGGAGAAGGCUCCAACAAAGUUUACGGUCUUGCCCUUUGUGGACGAGGCUACCCGAAGCAAGCUUGUGUAAACUGCGUGGAGCAAGCGAUUCAAGAAUCACAACAAAGAUGUCCAAAUCGAAUGAAAUCUUUCAGGUGGACCACUAGAGACAGUGACAAUGCUUCUUGUCUCGUACGGUACGCUAAUCACUCUGUUUCUGCGAAACUCGAGCUUUUCCCACCUACUUUGUCAGAUAAUCCGUUAAUUAUAGAGGAACCUAAGAGCCUUAAGCUUUUUCGACGAGAAUGGGAAGCACUGACUAACCUAACAAUGCAGUCUGCUACUUCAGCUCCUGAAAAUUCAUCAGUUGUGCUUAAGUUCUAUAGCGUCGUAAGAGCAGAGUUCACAGAAUUUCCAAAUGUUUACAUGAUGAUGCAAUGCACUCCUGACAUUUUAUCUAGUGAAUGCAACAAAUGUCUUAGCCAGUGUGUGUUGAACUUUCAAAACAAUAACUGGGGAAGUCAGGGCGGUGCAGGACGGCUUCCCAGCUGUUAUUUCCGGUGGGAUCUUUAUCCUAUCUGUGGAUCUUCUGAGAAUAUGACAAGAGUUUCUAUGGUUAGUCGUGCUUCAACUCUUCCUCAAGGAGAUACUGUCUUACAACCUGGAAAUGUCAAGAAAGGAAAAGGGAUUCGGAAUGGAACUAUCGCGAUAAUUGUGGUUCCUACGGUUAUUAACCUCUUUGUAUUUGUUGGUCUUUUCAUCAUCUUUGAUCAGAGGAGAAAGGCCUAUAACAAAAACAUCAACGAAUGCUUUGAUUCAGAUGGACAAUCAAAGUUGCGGUUUAGUAUUGGCAUGAUACUCUCUGCAACCAAUGACUUUUCACCUGAAAAUAAGCUUGGUCAAGGUGGAUUUGGUACUGUCUACAAGGGGAUUUUACCAAACGGGCAAGAGAUAGCGGUGAAGAGAUUAGUAAGUGGUUCAGGACAAGGAGAUACAGAGUUUAAGAAUGAGGUCUCGCUCUUGACAAGACUCCAACAUAAGAACUUGGUUAAGCUUCUUGGGUUCUGUCAUGAAGGAGAUGAAGAGAUUCUUGUUUACGAGCUUGUGCCCAAUUCUAGUCUUGAUCAUUAUAUCUUUGAUGAAGAGAAGCGUUCGCUUCUUACAUGGGAGGUGAGGUUCAAGAUUAUAGAAGGUGUUGCGCGAGGUAUUCUUUAUCUCCAUGAAGAUUCUCAGCUGAAGAUUAUUCACCGAGACUUGAAGGCAAGCAACAUCCUUUUAGAUGCAGAGAUGAACCCUAAAGUUGCAGAUUUCGGGACAGCAAGGUUGUUCGAAGAAGAUGAAACUCGAGCUGAAACAAGACGGAUAGCUGGAACACGUGGAUAUAUGGCUCCAGAAUACUUGAAUCACGGGCAAAUCUCCGCUAAAUCCGACGUUUUCAGCUUUGGUGUUAUGCUUCUAGAGAUGAUUAGUGGUCAAAGAAACAAUAGCUUCGAAGGAGAAGGACUUGCAGCGUUUACGUGGAAGAGAUGGGUUGAAGGAAAGCCUGAGAUUGUAAUUGAUCCUUUACUGAUGAGAAAUCCGAGAGACGAAAUCAUCAGGUUGAUCCAGAUUGGUUUAUUGUGCGUCCAAGAGAAUGCGGCAAAGAGACCAACCAUGAGCUCUGUAGUAGUUUGGCUUGGCAGUGAGACUAUCAUCAUUCCUUUACCUAGGGCUCCUGCUUUCAUUAGGGAUCAAUCCCAAUCUGAAAAUAGUAAAAUGUCAAUGAACAAUGACAUCUUCACAGACUUGAGUUGUCGUUGACGUUAUAAAUAAGUUUUUUUCUAAUAAAAUAAAUUAUAUUAAUUUCAA